AUGGCGGACUACAUGCUUGUGUUUCUGUUGGAGAAGAUAUUGACCCUAUUAGGAUUACUAGGGCAAAAUAUUAUGCUCCUGUGCCACCACGCUGAGCAAAAACAUCUUAUGGACAACCGCAUACGCCACAUAAUUUUAAAUCCACCGCAAAGGGCUACUAGGAGGGCAGCCAGGAGAAGAUUUUGGGUUAGACCAGGUAGAACCAGCAGUUGGUGGGACAACGUCGUUAAUGGCAUUGCUGUGGACGAAGAAUGGAGGGAGAACUUCCGCAUGUCCAGGACAUCUCUCCUCGCCCUGAGCGAAGAACUCCGUCCAUACAUCGAUGGGCAAACAACAGCCAUGCGUGCCCCAAUUGAACUGGUGAAAAAGGUUGCGUUGACGCUCUACUAUUUGAGCGACGAAGGACGGCUACGAAAAACUGCUAACGCCUUUGGCGUGUCACGACAGGCUGUGUCCGUCGUUGUCAGGCAGACCUGCAAAGCGAUCGCUAUCCACCUUGGUCCAAAAUAUGUAAAGCUGCCUUUUACGGAGCCCGAGGCUGAGGAUUUGGUUUUGGGUUUCCAUCGCGCUCAUGGCAUGCCACAGUGUUUGGGAGCGGUCGACGGUACCCACAUCGAAAUAAAGCAGCCAUCUACCAACUCCAUGGACUACAUCAACAGGAAAGGCAAGAAUUCCCUUAAUAUACAGACUGUCUGUGACUACAAGUUUAAAUUCAUGGACGUCGUGAUAAAGUGGCCUGGGAGUGUACAUGAUGCGCGAGUUUUUGCUAAUUCAAAGCUCAACUCCUACUUUAAGACUGGCAAGAUCCCUGCUCUGGAAAAGCAGAUUGUGGACGAUGAGGAGGCCAUACCCAUUUUCCUUCUGGGUGACCCAGCCUACCCUCUGCUUCCUUACUUGAUGAAGGAAUAUUCCAGUGGUGGCUCCACACCACAAGAACAAUACUUUGGCCUAUGUUUGUGUAGGGCACGCAUGGUUAUCGAGUGUGCUUUUGGUCGCCUUAAAGCCAGAUUUGCUGCACUGAGAAGGCCUAUGGAUAUCAAUUUGCAGGACCUGCCCCAUGUAAUUUACGCUUGCUUUGUUCUCCAUAACUUUUGUGAGGACAGUAAGGAGACUGUGGCUGAUCAUUCUGUGUCGGGAACAAUACAAUGUGAUAACGACCUGCAGCCACCACUACAACGCAACAACUACAUCACAGACUGUAACGAGGGGGAAGGAAAGAGAGUGAGAAGAGUACUCACAAAGUACCUUGACCCUUAA